CGCCGCGUCGCGAAACCAACCAACCAUGGGUGGAAGAACCACGCAGAUUGUUGCGGCCGUUGCGUUUCUAUGGCUGGCUUGUCUAGCUCGCGACCGCACUGCUGAUGCACAAGGAAUGGGAAUCAACUAUGGAACUCUUUCAAACGAGAUUUUGCGUCCGCCAGAGGCUGUUGGACUGAUCAAGGACCUCGGGUUUGACAGAGCCAAGAUCUUUAGUGCCGACUCGUCAAUCAUCCGGGCGUUUGCAAACAGCGGCGUGAAGUUGUCGGUGAUGGUGGCCAACCAGCAAAUCCCGGAGAUAGCAUCAAGCCAGAGCAGUGCAGACGCAUGGGUGGAAAAGAAUGUAGCUGCGUACUAUCCAAAGACAGCCAUAGAAUCCGUUCUGGUCGGCAACGAGAUUUUAUCAGACAGUAGCAUUCGAGAGUCGACUUGGCCGAAGUUGGUUCCGGCGAUGGAGAAGAUUCAAUCAGCGGUUGAGAAGUUUGAGCUAGCAGGUUCCAUCAAGGUGUCAACGCCCCUGGCUUCCGAUGCUCUGGGAAACUCUUAUCCUCCAUCGGCUGGCUCGUUCAAGAGUGACAUUGCAGAGUCCAUCAUCCAGCCGCUUCUCGAGUUUUUGUCCCGAACGAACUCCUUCUACUGCGGGAACGUCUAUCCAUACUUUGCUUGGGCUGGCAAUCCUGGCGAGAUCCCACUCGACUACGCGCUCUUUGGCUCGCAGCAGGAGGUGGUGAGAGAUGGGUCACUCAGGUACACAAACUUGUUUGAUGCGAUGGUCGAUGCCACCAUCUCUGCAAUCGAGAAGCUCGGCUUUAGUUCUCUCGAUUUUGCUGUGUGCGAGACCGGCUGGCCGAGUAAAGGUGACGGUUCUCAGCCAGGCGCUACAGUCUCCAAUGCUGCUCGCUACAACAACAGGCUGAUCGCGAAGACCCUCAGAGCUCAGGGAACUCCCAAGAAGAGAGGCUACUUUCCGACGUAUAUCUUCGCUCUCUUCAACGAGAACCUCAAGAAUGGUGCGGUCACUGAGCGGAACUUUGGCGUCACGUAUCCGAAUGGAGAGCUGGUUUACGCUUUGGAUAUCGCGGGUGGUGAGCGUGACACCCAUGAUGACGCUGGUUCUUCUGGUGGUGGAAAUCGUACUGAAAGUCCUCCCGGCGGUGAGAAUGGUGGUGGUGGAAACGGUAGCACAGGACGGAAGGAAUGGUGUGUUGCCAACUCUGAUGCUUCUCAAGCGGCGCUUCAGGCUGCUCUAGAUUAUGCUUGCUCCAGUGGAGGGGACUGCACUGCGAUUCAACCCAACCAGCCGUGCUUCUUUCCGGAGACGAUGGUUUCUCGUGCCUCGUAUGCGUUUAGCAGCUACUACAACAAGAUGAAGAGCUCCGGCGGCACUUGCGACUUUAACCAAGCAGCUCACGUAACCCAAACAGAUCCAAGCUAUGGAUCUUGUGUCUAUCCCAGUGCAGCAUGAUCGACUCUUGGACUCUUAACUAUUACAAUGGCUUACGAGCGGUUCGUUUAUCUUUUAUAGACUUACAUCGUGUCACGUCUUUGCUUUGAAGUUCCAAGCCAAGCGCCUUGACAAGCUUUUGUGAUGGAUUUCAGAGGAUUGCCAUUGGCUUGGUCUUAAUUCUCUAAGUUCUGGUGGUUUCUGCAGAGAAUGAGAACGAUCCUGUGUGCUCGAAGGAAUCGUCUACUGUCCUGUUGUCCAUGGCGUACGCGGUGAUCAAUCUGCCUUGUCCUUGUAGACAACGCUCAGAAGAGCAUAGAGAAAAGGGAGGAAAUCCUGACGAGAAUGGAACUUUCAAAGUACCUGAGAUCUUCUUUGUCCAA